AUGCGUUACGACAAGCUGGAUCAUCAAAAUUCUGGGACUUUCUUCGCGAAAAGUGCCUUGAAACGAUAUCUUCCUCUGGCUAUUCUUACUGUACUAGGCGUCACAUUGUACUGGUUGUACACAGGUGUGCCUGAAGGAAUUCGUGGCGGAUCCAGAGCAUCGAGAAGGUCGGAAAGUGUGGGUGGAGCCGAGUCAUGGGAUACAAUUGAUGGAGAAGGAUAUCAGUUUAAGGAGGAGACCAACCAACUCCGUCUGGAUCCCCGUUAUGACCAACUCAACCGCCUUCCUCCAUGUGGAGACCUCUCCUCCACCGGUGUCCAACAAGACGUCACAAAUCUGAUGGAAAGUGUCAAAAAGCAGUUUUCCGAUUGUAUCACACCAAUUGUGAAUCAGUGGAAGGGGCGCGCUAAGGAGAUGAACAUCGAAUGGGUGUCCAAGGCAGCAAUUUGUGAUAAGCUUCCAAUUUUUGAGGAUUUGAAAGUGAUACCAUUCAACAAUCAGCAUGAGACGAAAUGGGCGGUUCUUCCAAAAUGUAAAGAAGAAAAUAUUCUUGUCACCCUGGGCGUCGGGCAUGACACCACAGCCGAAGAACGGCUCAACCGCACGAUUCCAAACACAAAAUUCUAUGGAGCCGACCCGAUAAUCGAGCCGAAUCGUCAAAUGUACUCUGCCUUUGGGAAGUUCUUCCCAUUUGCCAUUGGAAAACAGCCAGGAUUCACCAAGUUUAGAGUUUUGCCAAAUCAGAAUCAAAAGACAAGGAAGUAUAUCUAUCAGGAUGUGACGACGAUUCCAUUUUUGUACUUUUUGCACGAUAUUUUGAAGUUGCAGAAAAUCGACUUCGCCUGGAUCGACAUCGAGGGCGGUGAAUUCGAGUUCCUCGACCAAAUCCACCAUGAAGUGAAAUUCUGUCAAUUCAACCUGGAAGUUCACUCGCGUUUCGCUCCAGCCGGCGCACAAGUGUUCCAUGAUUUCAUUUUCAAAGUUUUGGAGCAGCAGAAGUAUGUAUUCCUUCAAUCAAUCAAUACGGGGACCGGAGUUCAUCGAAUGUUCUUCUUGAAUGUAGAGGAUAGAGAGUGUUUGGCGAAGUAUUUCAAUAACUAUUGA